AUGGGCGGUUCAUCACGCCGUCAGCGAAGUACGUCGGCGACCCGACGACGAGCAGAUAGAAGACGUGCUUGCUCGACGACGACUACGGUGGCCGACGGAGAGGAGACGACCACCACAACGACGACGUCGGUUCAUGGGCUGUCGUCCAUACUCAUCUGGAUCCUUGCCACGUCAUCACUGAUUGUGGUGUACCCUCCGCCAUCACCCAGCCACCCAACGUCAUACAACGCCGUUGCAGCAGCAGCCGAAAAGCUCAUUUUGGACGACAUCACACCAUCGCUAAAAAUGUACGGACAAUACGAUCACCAAGAUCAACAACAACAGCCACAAAUGGUCCCGUCGAAGUAUGAUUUCCCACAAUUCAAUCGUCGAAUGGGUCUUCGUUGGCGUGACGAUGAUCGAAUGAGACAAAUGUUCGCCCAGCCACAUCACCAGCAACAACCGUACCCAAUGAUGAAUCCAGUUCUCACGGAGCAUCAUCCAACUCAUUCGUUCGGAAUGCCAUCCACUUCUAGCCAUCAAGGAACAUCUUACGGAUACAACUCUCCAACACCGACACUUGAAGAUAUCGAUCUGAUUGAUUGUCUGUGGAGAAAUGAUAUCGCUGGAGAGAAGGGAACCACACAAGUCUCGCCAGCCGAUCAGUACGUGCGCGAUUUGCAGAUGUUGACUGAGAAGUCUACGGUAGAGACACUCACUACUGAAGAAAGCCUUCGCUAUGAGGACCUCUCGAAGAACUUCUAUGAAGGAUUCUACAAUCCAUACAGUAGCUACCCGAAGGCGCACUCGGAACAAAUGAAAGCGACAACUCCUGAUCAGCACCACGCUCCCACAGACGGAUCAGGCAGUGAUCUUCCAACUGACGAGGAUCUUGAAGAGCUUCUGAAAGAGGUCGACCAUGAGGAGAGUGAGCUGAACAGAGUGUUUGAGAACAAGCCAAGUGAAAAUCCAGUUAUCAACAAUGUUUCAUUGUCAGAGGCUACCGUAUACACACAGUCUAACUUGACCGAAAUGCAGGAGUUACAUGACAUGUGCAAUCAGGUCAAUAUCACUGCUUCAUCAGUAGUUUCAGCUUCCGAAUCAGCCACCCUUUUCAACGUGACUGAUGAGGUUACCAGAGAGAUGUGGCAAGAAUCAGAUUUACAUCCAAAUGACUUGUUCCCACAAUCGGACUACAUGACUGUCACUGCUCAAAACAACACUCCAGAAGCCAUCACUUCUAAUGGAACCUUUGAGCACGCCUACGGACUUCCACCAAUCUCUCCACUAUCUCUUGAUUUCGCCAGUAGCAGUACCACUGGUCGUCAGCAACAGACCCAAACAAGUCCAGCAAGUGCCACAGUCACCGCCGUCGCCACUCAAGGAAUCCUCGAGUACGAGGGACAGAGAAACUCGUUCAGUGAUAGCACAACUGAUUCAUCGUCCCCAUGCUCUGGAAUGUCUUCACCAUCAUAUGAUCACGAGUCUCGUUUCUACGGAAAACUGCUUCCACACCGCGAGAACUUCUUCGAUCGAUCAUCAACACCAUCUCGCAAUGGAGCCGUCGCAACCAAAAUCAACCGAGUGGUGAGCAGCGGACAACGCAAACGCGGACGUCAGUCGAAGGAUGAGCAACUCGCCAGCGAGCACUCGCUUCCAGUCACUGCUCAUCAAAUCUCGGAGAUGUCGUUGAGCGACUUGCAGAAUGUGUUGAAGAUGGGCGGUCUCAGCGAGUACCAGAAGCAAUUGAUCCGAAAGAUUCGUCGACGUGGAAAGAACAAGGUCGCUGCUCGUACUUGCCGUCAACGUCGUACCGACAGACACGAUAAGCAAACCAACAUGAACCAUUACAUCUAG